AACGAGAUUGAAACUAACAAUUUGGAUUGUUUAAAUGACAAUGAGGAUCUUGAAUCCUAUCAUAGGAUUGGGAAUGCAUCACAGGAAACCAUGUUUACACCAAAUUUCGUACACAACAUUUUAUUUGAAGAUUUACCAUCAGACAGUCAGAAUAUUAUCAAGAUUUUGGAAAAUACAAUAGUGAUUAGGAAGUUAUUGGAAGAACAAAAGACAUUUUUGGAACAAAAAAAAGAAAACGCACCAGUCAUGUUUACAGACCCAAAUUGUAAUAACUUGUCUAUUCCAACAAAACCGUAUAAAAAAUUUAAAAAAUUGCAAGAGUAUGAUACUUCAUGAGGAUUAAUACAAACAAAAGAAAACAGCUGGAAACGUAUUUUUAUUUACUAGGUGGAGAUUCACCCCAAAACCAAAUAAAAAAUUCAUUGGAAAAAAUUUUCACAAACAAAUUAGGGAUGAAAUGUUCGUGGAAAGGGCAAAAAGGGAACUUUGCAGUAAACAUGUUAAUUAUAAUGGAGAUAAUAAAAUGUGCUACUCGAAAACAUUUUCCGAAUUUAACGGACAAACAGAUGCAAAACUACGUAUCCGCAUGGCUAAAGCAAAAGUACAACCGGAAUAAAAACGUUGACAUGCCACAAAAAGUGCUAUGUGAAAGUGUCGAUAUAGUGCGACAAACAAAUUCACGCAAAGUAUUUGGUAUACCUUUAUACAAGUUGGACUGCGGUGAUGGCAAAGUACCACUCGUAGUAGAUCGAUUGAUCACAAUUAUCGAGAUGCAUGGUCUCUAUACCGAGGGUAUAUAUAGAAAGAGCGGCGUUAGUUCCAAAGUGAGAGAACUCAAAAUGAAAAUGGACGAAGGCAACUUAGAGAAGGUGGAUUUCGAAAAUUACCAAGUGCAUGUUCUAGCGGUGUAAAACGUGAAAAACUAGAAAGUAUUUAAAGAAAAGCGUACUGCUCUUAAUAUACAUACAUAUACACACAUACGUAUACAUGUAUAUUAAGAAAUUUUUGCUUAUAUUAAAGUGACGAGUGAGUCAUACCGAAUUACUUGUUUUUACAAAUUUACGGUCAUAAAAAUAUAAUUUAUUGUUACACGGUGUUGCAAUUCUCAGCAAACGUUCUUUUUUUACGGAGAAUCUUUUUAAUAUAUGGUGUGUAGAUGCGCUGUUUUUUUGUAAUUAUCCGUUUAGCAUUAGUAGAUCUAUCUUGAAAACCAUCUCUUUCCAAAGGAUCUAUUUGUCACGUUCAAGUAGAAUCGAUAAUCGACUGUUUUAAAUUUCAGCGAGAUCCUUUUAUUGUAUUUCGUUAUGACGUUUGACGAUAGCCGAUUUAAAGCGUUAGUUUUAGGCGUACAAAUUUAAAAGAGGACAAACAGUAAAAUAGGAAACCAAAACAUACUUUGUACAUGCAAUCUAACAAUUUCAUAAUAAUCUGUCAUUAUUAUUAAAUUUAUGCAAGAGACGUUUAACAAGAUUAUAUUUCUAUCUAUCAAUAUUGUAUUUAUCUAUUGAAAGAAAAGCGUACUGUUCCUAAUACACAUAUACACACAAAAAUAGACACACAUACACACACAGAUGUAUGCACAUUAAGAAAUUUCCGCUUAUAUCAAAGUGAAGAGGAAGUCAUACCAAAUCACUUUUUUUUUCAAAUUCAUGUUCAUAAAAAUGUUGCACCGUGUUGUAAUUCUCAGCAAACGUUCUUUUUUACGAAAAAUCUUUUUGAUAUAUGAUGUAUAGAUGCGCUGUUUCUUUGUAAUUAUCCGUUUAGCAUGAGUAGAUUUACCUUGAAAACCAUCUCUUUCCAAAGUAUCUAUUUGUCAUGUUCAAGUAGAAUCGAUAAUCGACUGUUUUGAAUUUCUGCGAGAUAUUUUUUAUUGUAUUUCGUUAUGACGUUUGACGACGAUAGCCGAUUUAAAGCGUUAGUUUUAGGCGUACAAAUUUAAAAGAGGACCAACAAAAAAAGAGGAAACCAAAACAUAGUUUGACGUAAUAUGCAAUGUAACAAUUUAAUAAUCUGUCAUUGUUGAAUUUAUAUAAUAUGCGAGAGACGUUUAAUAAGAUCAUAUUUCUAUCUGUCAAUAUUCGCUAUCAAUAUGUGUAUUUGUGUUUAAUAUUGCAAUAAAUCUCAAUUCAGAUGAAUAAA